AUAGAGUUGGUUGGGGGGAGGGGGGAGGUUGGAAUUGUAAAAUGGCGGCUUGGAGCAUAUUCGGCGCCGUUCCCCCGGCGGUCUCUGGCUGAGCGGCGGCUCUCUCUCACUGCCGAACACAGAGAGGCGAGGCGAGGCCCCCAGAGGACAUGGUGUUUGAGACCCGGGGCUUGCUGACCACCAAGUCUUUCGAGAACCUCGGCGCACCGGAAGCGACCAGGCGCGCCCAACCGGGCGAGCAGCGGCCGCUCCAGACCCGAGGCCCGCGCGGCUGCAACCUCGCACCUGCUCGCUGUCGCGCACCCGGCUUUCGGCGCACCCACAGCCCAGCGAGUGCCGCGGCGGCCGCCCGGGAGGGUUGAAACAAUGGCCAAAAGAAUUGCUGAGAAGGAAUUGACCGACAGGAACUGGGAUCAAGAAGACGAAGCAGAGGAGGUGGGAACAUUCUCAGUGGCCAGUGAGGAAGUCUUGAAGAAUAGAGCCAUAAAGAAAGCAAAGCGUAGAAAUGUUGGAUUUGAAUCUGAUAGUGGAGGGGCCUUUAAAGGUUUUAAAGGUUUGGUCGUACCAUCUGGAGGAGGAGGGUUUUCUGGAUUUGGUAACGGUGCUGGAGGGAAGCCUUUGGAAGGACUGUCUAACGGAAGCAGCAUCACUAGUGCCCCUCCCUUCUCCAGUGCCAGGGCAGCCGGCGAGACCAAGGCAGCCUUUGGAUCUGUUGCCACAAAUGGUCCUACCUCCUUGGUCGAUAAAAAGAUUUUAAAUCCCAAAACUAACGGUGACAGCCAGCAGCCCUCUUCCUCCGGCCUCCCCUCUAGCACGGCCUGCCCCAGGAACGCCUAUCACAAGCAGCUGGCUGCCUUAAACUGCUCGGUGCGGGACUGGAUCGUGAAGCACGUGAACACAAACCCGCUCUGCGACCUGACGCCCAUCUUCAAAGACUACGAGAAAUACCUGGCAGGGAUUGAGCAGCAGCUCGGGAGCAGCGGCAGCUGCAGGGAUUCCGAAGGCGACUCCGACAAGACGCCCGGCGCCACCCUGUCUCCCUCCCUCUUUGGGUCAACGAAGUCACAGCAGGAGUCAACAUUUUUGUUUCAUGGCGGCAAAACCGAGGACACGUCCGAAAAGAAGACGGAGGCGGAUCCUGAAAAGAAAGCGGACCCGUCGGCGGGAGCAGCAGGUGCCUCGUUUCACUUUAGCAAGAAGAUUGAGAGUUCUGCCUUGGGCUCCUUAAACUCUGGCCCCCUGACUGGGUUUUCAUUCUCUUCUGGAAACUCCGGUUUAUUUGGCAAAGAUAUUAGCCAGAAUAAACCGGUCUCUUCACCGUUCGCCACAAAGACGCUGGAGGUACAAGCCGACGGCGGCAGCCACGAACGCAAAGGCGGAGAUGAAGAAGAGAAUGACGAGCCACCCAAAGUAGUAGUUACUGAAGUGAAAGAAGAAGAUGCGUUUUACUCCAAAAAGUGUAAACUAUUUUACAAGAAAGACAACGAAUUUAAAGAGAAAGGUGUGGGUACUUUGCAUUUAAAACCUACAACAAAUCAGAAGACACAGCUUUUAGUGCGGGCAGACACCAAUUUAGGCAACAUACUGCUGAAUGUCCUGAUCCCACCCAAUAUGCCGUGCACCCGAACGGGGAAAAACAACGUACUUAUUGUGUGUGUCCCAAACCCACCCAUCGAUGAGAAGAACGCCACCGUCCCGGUCACCAUGUUAAUCCGGGUAAAAACAGGUGAGGACGCAGAUGAGCUGCACAAAAUUUUACUGGAGAAAAAGGACGCCUGAACGCCCUCCCUCUGCGGAGUCGCUGCCGAGCCGCUGCCCCCCCUCCCCCGCCCUCCGCGUAGUCAGCCCGCCGCGGACGGUAACUUAGAACUUUGUGAGGAAGAUGAAUGUGGCCAAUAAAACCUGCAAAUGUUAAGCGUCAAGAAACCGUAUUCUCCCUUCUUAACAACUGUCUGAUGUGUAAAAUACGUUUGAAUGAAAUUUUUUGGAAGAUUUUGAAUGUUCAUUUAUCAAACUGACCGCAAGUGAUUUCUUAAUAGACUAAAAUCAGGGUAUCGAUUAGACUUCCCAAAGGCUGUUCCGAUCCACGGGUUUUGGGGUGCGCUGCUGCGGCCUGCAAGGCGUGCCGGCAACCCCUGCGUCCAGGAGGAAACUUGCCUGUGGCAUUCUCUCUGGUGGGCUUGCCUGAUUUGGGAGGACAGCACCCUUUCCAAAUGAAUCUCGCUACCAUGCCGUGACAGAGGCGUUUUUCCUUUGCCGCAUCGUCUUGUUUUAAAGCUGAAUCUUGACCACCACAUGUUCCCCCUCCGCAUUAGAGGCUUUAGCUUAUCAUUUGCAGACAUUGGCCUUUUAGCCCUGUGGCCUGUUUUACCUGAUUCAGGAACUGCUUUUUCAUUUUAAAAGGAAACCAGUUUGUUCUUUGGUUUUGUAGAUGGGGUUUUGUAGUGGCAUUCCUGAGGUGCUGUUACCGGUGCGUCCCCUACAGACAGACAGAAUGGGGGGUGGUCAGGAAUGAGGGUUUAAAAGCACAAAUUUGGUAGCUUAUAGUUGAUAGACCAUAGACCGCAAAACCUGGGGGAAAAAAAAUUAAAGUUUGAGCACGGUGCAAAAAAGAAAGUGAAUCUGUCCUAGUUCAUUUGUACCGUGAUGAACCCUGAGGAUCUCAGAGCUUUUACUACACAUGAGCCAUGUAAGUUCACCAGGAAGGUCAUGGAAUUGAAAUCGUGUGUGCAAAUGUUGCCUUUAAUUUUAGACAGAAGUAUAUUAUUCUGCAUUUGAUAAGUUUCCAUUGACUUUUUUAAGAGUAAGAUACUCGGCAUGUCCAUUUGGAAGGGAGCCAUGGUUGUGCAUGAGAAGAUCCCGUCACUUCGCCACCGCUGUUGGGUCGCUAAUCCUAGCCUUCUGGGAAGACUCUGGGCACAUGAAUUAGAUGCAGUUUUUAAUGUUUAAAUGUCCACUUUCAUUCCUCGUUAGUCAUUUAAUGAUCUUGUUUUAAAGGCUCAGGGUCCGUGCCUGAGGGCUCACGUUUGUAUAUUCUGAUCUUCAGCGCAUAGAAUGUUUUCUGACUUAGGAAAGAACAGUCACGAUAACUGUAGAUAGUACAGUUGCUUUUUUAAAAAAGAAGCUAUAAGUUUUAGAUAUAAGGGGGAGCAGGGAAACCGUUUUAUGAUCAACCGUGUUAAACACUUGAAGUGUGGUAGUUGGCCCAACAUUUAUCAUGAGAUUCUUGUACUUGUUUUCUGGUUCUGCUGAGAGAAUUGGCCCCCGCGUGUAUGUGACUCUGGACAAAUACACAGAGAGGUGCUUACACUUUGUGAGACGUAGUCAGACUCUCACCUGGGACAACAGGGAGGGCGUCGCCACUUCUGUUGCAUUUUCCUUUUAGAAAGAGUACGUGGGUGAGUUUCUGUUACCGGCGAUCUGUGGUAAGCGGGUGGCUGACACCGUUUCCACGUCAUUGGUCCUGUUCCCUCACCUGAGGUUUAUCCAGCCGUCGGGAGGACGAGGACAUGUGGGGCCCCGUGUGUCCUACGUUGGCGUCACGUGCUCCCGUGGUCCCCAGGCGCCUUCAGGAGCGCCUCGGUGGCAGUAGCCUCGGCCUGUCUGGUGGGACGUUUGCCAGAAAUGGCCCGAAAACAUCAGAAUUGGGCCACCUCUCAACCCCCCUGGAAAAAUAGCUCAUAUCUCUUUGAAGUAGUGGGUAUGUGUGGCUUUCUCUUGUCCUAACAUUCCCGGCAAACUUGCUGCUACAGCUGUCACUGUGAAAGUGAUCAUUACAGGGGCAGAUGUGACAUGUGCGCCAUCACUCACAACGUGCUAUUUCCUCCGUGUCCCUUGUGCGUUAGGAACUUUGGCCUCCACUUUAAUUAUGUACUAAUAGAAAAGAGCGUGAGUGUGUGUGGAUUUUACUGUAAAGUCUAAGUGCUUAUAUGUUACUCGGGGGCGGGGCCCCCCCAGAGAGCUCACCCCCCCCACCGUACUAAUAGCUCAGUUCCACCCCUUGGCUUUAGUUAGAAUUAUUUUUAACAAAAUAACUAGAAAUUUGGCUUUAAAGUGUCUGAUAUAGAUGGAAAUUUUUGUAUUUAGUUGAAGGAUCUGUGAUGUGUAUCAUCUGCGUGGCCCGAAGGAUCACCUUUGAUCCUAACCGUGCUGCGUCAUACUGAGUGUCCCAGUGGCCUUUUUUUUUCUUUUUUUCUUUUUUUUUUUUUCCCAACUGGUGCCUGUCCCAUCUCCUCUGGAGCAUUCCCCAGUAAGCAAAAACUUGGGCGUCGUGCUGUCUUCUUUUUAGAAUUACGGGCUGGAAACGUGUGUCCCGUUUUUAAAGCAGUGUGUAGAUUGUGUUUUCUACGGAAGGACAAGUCUGGCCAUUUGUUAAACUGAUUUUCUUGACAAGGAUUAUUGUUGUACAAUUUCAGUUCUACAUUAUAGUUUUGAUAAGCUGCAUGCCAAAAAAGAUCUACCUGUUCCGGGGUAGGGAAAAAACAAUUCACUUACCAUCAGAGUUCAGAACAAGUUGUCACUGAGCCUUUUUUUGGUUUAGUUUUAAAGUUUAAACAGGUUGUUUGAUUUUUGAGCAUUCGUCAGUUACUCUUUACUUCGGAGCAGUCAGGAGGCGAGCGCGGGCGUUUGAAGGCUUUGCAGACCAAGUGGCUCACCCCCCAAUCCCCGGGUACUUGUGCUCGCUCUGGAAGUGAGAAUGUGUGGUAGGACCUGAUGUGUCCCGUGGUACCAGCAGGUGGCCGGGAGCAGCCCAUCCAGGCCGCACUCUACACACGGGUACGUUCUUGGCCAGAGGCCAUCGUGCUGAGGACCGUGGACUCUGCCGGUGCAGGUGCAGUUGUAACAGCUGUAAAACUUGUUAGCAAUCAGUUGGAUAAGAUGUUUGCUUCCUAUGUCACAUAGGAAAUUGUUUUCUAAAACUAAAAUACUUGAAUUGUCAGACAAUGUAAUCUCAAUUUGUAUUAGUUUUUGAGGAAGUGUAAUAUCCAUGAAAUGUGAAUAAAUGGAAAGUAAACAAA